UGGAUUAGGGGAUAGGGGACUAGUCCAUAGGCGAUAUAGGGAUAGUGUGCUCCAUCCUAGACCUGGAGUAGGGGAUAGGAGACUAGUCCAUAGGAGGUAGCAGAGGAGUGAUAACCCCAUGGUGGAUCUGCUGUGAGGAGGACUGAGGACAGGAAGGACCCAGGAGGAUGUCAUCAGCCGGAGGAGAGUCAGCCAGCUCGGAGCUCCAAGCAGGUGUCAAAACCAGCACUCUGAGACGGGAGGCCAGGAGGACUAAAGGUCAGGACCGCAGUGAGGCGGGGCUGAUUAAGCGUUUCCGUGGUGAUGGCGUGCGCUACAAGGCCAAGCUGAUUGGGAUUGAUGAGGUGACAGCGGCGCGCGGGGACAAGCUGUGCCAGGACUCCAUGAUGAAGCUCAAGGGGAUGGCUACAUCGGCGCGUUCCAAAGGAGAGCACAAGCAGAGAGUCUUCCUCACCAUCUCCUUCGGGGGGAUCAAGAUUUACGAUGAGAGAUCAGGGGUUCUGCUGCAUCACCACUCGGUGCAUGAGAUCUCCUAUAUCGCCAAGGAUACCCGGGACCACCGGGCCUUCGGCUACGUCUGCGGGAAGGAGGGACACCACCGGUUCGUGGCCAUCAAGUCCGGCCAGUCGGCAGAGCCCCUGAUCAUUGACUUGCGUGACCUCUUCACACUCAUCUACGACAUCAAGCAGCGCGAGGAGAUGGAGAAGAAGGCCCAGAAGGACAAGCAGUGUGAGCAGGCCGUCUACCAGACCAUUCUGGAGGACGAGGUGGACGAUCCAGUUUACCAGUACAUUGUGUUUGAGGCUGGACAUGAGCCCCUCCGUGGCCACCAAUCAGAGGAGAGCGUUUACCAGGUCCCUACCGCUACCAGUCAGCAGAAGGGAGAAGGGAUCUAUGACGUCCCAAAACGACAUUUCAUGACUAACAUCAACCACUUUGAUCUGUUCGGAGAUAUGUCCACUCCACCCUCGAUUCCCCCGUCCCCGGCCAACACUCUGGACACCAGCAGGAGCCACCGCCAGCCCCAGCAUCCCCCAGAGAUGUUCACCGGCCCCUUCAGCCCCACCUCUGUCCCCUCAGGGUACAUGACCAUGGGGCCAGUCCAGGCAGCCCAGUGGGCCCAGCAGGGACCCUUCGCUGGCCAGGCCCAGACCCUGGCCUUCGGGGUGCAAGGGCCCCUCCAGGUGACCCAGGUCCUCCCUGGGGGCCAGCCCGUCAUCUGGAGCCAGGCCAACAUCUUCCCUGCCACCCAGCAGCAGUGGGCGGCCAUGGCUGCCUACAUGCCCGCCCAGGCCGUGGGCGUGGGGGGCCACCACAUCCCCAUGAUGGUGCCCAUCACCACCGUAUGCCCCAGCCCCCAGGGGCCCUACGGUGACCUCUCCUCCACCCCCUCCUCGGCCAUCGCCAGCCCCCAGCAUCAGACGAUAGACCCCAUUCUGAUCCAGCAGCAGCAUAGCAUCGGUGGGGACUCUGACGCAGGCGAAGGCCCCUCUUCGCUGGGCCUUGUCAUGGUGGGCAGCAGGUGUGGCACACCCAGGCCGAUGAGCCCUACUUCAAUGGGUCUUGGUGCCGUGAGCAGGUGUGAGACGCCCGUUGGCCUUGUCAUGAUGGCGAGGUGUGAGACGCCCGGUCUAGUGAACGUGCCCCCUGACACCCUGGUCUGUAGCCAGCUGGGCCUGGGAUCAUCAUCUGCCGCAACCCAGGAAGAGGAAGGCAGCUGUAGUGACCUUGACCUCUCUCGGAUGACCUUGAGUCCAGGCACGUCCACCUCGCCCUCCACUGACUCAGCGUCCACCCCAGCCCCCCAACCUGGCUCGUCCUCAGACUCCGCCCCGUCCCAGACUAGUGAUCCCCCCACAGACCACUCCCCCAUCGAAAUAGAGGCCACACACCCCAGCACCAGGGAGGAUGACUCGGGCUCAUGCACCAGGGCUCUGUCUCCCCAUCCUUCCAGUGAUGCUCCAGCUGACUGUCCACAGGCCCAGACCUGUCCACAGGCCCAGAUCUGUCCACAGGAAGACAUGGAGAUUCCCGUAACAGACUCACGAUCCACCACAACUACCAUGCUCUCUGUGUCCAUGUUGAAGCCUACAGUUGGCCUAGGCUACUGCCUCCUCUGUGCUGCAUUGUGCUUGCUCCUACUCUGUGAUGUUGCCAUAGCCGGCAGUGGCGAGGAGCCCAGCGGCGUCCGUGAGACUCGGUCUGUGGGGACUCAGGUCGCCGUGCAGCCGGUGGAAUGUGUACAAUCAGAGUGGUCCUCCUGGACGCGCUGCGAUGUCUGCAGGAAGAAGAGGUAUCGUUAUGCUAAGCUUGUCCAGCCCUCUCAGUUUGGCGGGGAGCCCUGUCAUGUCCAGGGCAAAGAGGUGGAGCCCUGUAGCCCUCCAUCUCGCUACGACUGUACACUUGAAGAAACACCUCUGUGUGAAGGCUUCCUCUGCACUUACACAGGGCGCUGUGUGCCUAUAGACCUGCGCUGUAACGGGGAUGAUGACUGUGGGGACUGGUCAGAUGAGAAGGGCUGUCAGAAGGUGAACAAGGCCUGCAAGCAGGAGGCACAGGAGUACUAUGGCAUCGAGAACCUGGCCAAAGGAAUCAACAUACUGAACAGUAACUUAGAGGGAGUGGUCAUUGACAACAGAUACUACGCAGGCAGUUGCUUGCCUCACUACAUCCAGGAUGUCAGGUUCAGGAAGCCUUAUAACCUGCAGCAGUACACACUGGAGACCAAAGGCACGUACGACUUCAAGCUGCAGUCUUUCGAGUCAUACUCUGAGUUUGUCCAUCACACCAUGACGGAGCGCACUUCCAAGACCACGGUGUCCAUUGGCUUUGCCGUGCCGGGCGUGGCCGAGUUCGGCUUCAACUACGCUGACUCCAAAUACUCCAAGUCAGAGAAGAAAAUACGCCGCGCCUCUAGGAAGGAAAACAGCUUUGUCCAGGCCAAAGCAGAGCUGCAACUGGCCCGAUACAUCCUGAAGUCAGAUGAUCUGAUGCUGCACCCGGAGUUCUUCCUGCGUCUUCGUGCCUUGCCCCAGUCCUACAACUACGGGGAGUACAGACAGAUCUACAGAGACUAUGGAACCCAUUACAUCACAGAGGCUACCCUGGGAGGAGACUACGAGUACACAGUCAUCCUGGACAAGGAGAAGCUGGAGAAGACAGGUUAUUCUCUGGAAGCCUACAAGAACUGUGUGCAGAUAGGUCUGAAGGUGGGGGCCAACAUCAAGGGAGUGUAUGUGACUGUGGGGGUCGAGGGAGGUAGUUGUGAUGGUCUGCUCAAUGAAAUGGGAGAGGACACAGUGAAAGGCAGCAUGGUGGAGGACUUUGUCACGGUGGUUCGAGGGGGUGACAGUGAGUCCAUCACCUGGCUGGCUGCCAAGAAUCUGCCCACGCCACAACUGAUGAGACUGUGGGGAGAAGCCGUGCAUUACAACCCUGACUUCAUCCGCAGCGUGACGCGGCCGCUAUAUGAGCUGGUGACCGCCAGAGACUUCUCCAGCGCUAACUCCCUGAAGAAGAACCUGAGGAGAGCCCUGGCUGAAUACCUGGAGGAGAGCAGCUCUUGCCGCUGUGCCCCCUGCCACAACAACGGACUGGCCGUUCUCAAAGGCACCAGGUGUGAGUGUGUGUGUCCAUCUGGCUACAGUGGACUGGGUUGUGAGAUCACCCAACGACCAGAUAUAGGCAUAGACGGCAGCUGGAGCUGCUGGGGAUUGUGGUCACCCUGCGCGGAGCGGUCUAAGACACGGAGCCGUCAGUGUAACAACCCUGCACCUAGCAACGGAGGCAUGGCCUGCAGAGGACUCCAGAUGGAAACUACUGAUUGUUUCUGAUAUUGUCCCGGACUCUUGAUUGAAAUAAAGAUAAUUCAUGUCA